AUGCGGGGAAACUGGGCUCUGCUGCUGCUCCUGGCCCUGAGGCUCCGGCUGUCCCUCGGGGUCAUUCCAGUGGCGGAGGAGAAUCCAGCCUUCUGGAACCGGAAGGCAGCCGAGGCCCUGAACGCGGCCAGGAAGCUGCAGCCCAUUCAGACCUCCGCCAGGAACCUCAUCCUCUUCCUGGGGGACGGAAUGGGGGUGCCCACCGUGACGGCCACCCGCAUCCUAAAGGGGCAGAUGGGAGGCCACCUGGGCCCUGAGACGCCCCUGGCCAUGGACCGCUUCCCCUACAUGGCUCUGUCCAAGACCUACAACGUGGACAGGCAGGUCCCGGACAGCGCGGGCACGGCCACGGCCUACCUGUGCGGGGUCAAGGCCAACUACAAGACCAUCGGGCUGAGUGCGGCUGCGCGCGUGGAUCAGUGCAGCACCACGUUUGGCAACGAGGUCACCUCGGUGAUGCACCGCGCCAAGAAAGCAGGGAAGUCCGUGGGGGUGGUGACGACCACGCGGGUGCAGCACGCGUCCCCGGCCGGCACGUACGCGCACACGGUGAACCGCAACUGGUACUCGGACGCCGACAUGCCCGCCUCGGCGCUGCGGGAGGGCUGCCGGGACAUCGCCACCCAGCUCGUCUCCAACACGGACAUCGACGUGAUCCUGGGUGGGGGCCGCAAGUACAUGUUCCCCAAGGGGACCCCCGACCCCGAAUACCCAGCGGACGCCACGCAGGCAGGAAGCAGGCUGGACGGACGCGACCUGGUGCAGGCCUGGCAGGAGCAGCACCCGGGGGCGCAGUACGUCUGGAACCGCACCGGGCUCCUGCGGGCCGUCGGGGACCCCGCGGCCACGCACCUCAUGGGCCUGUUCGAGCCCGCGGACAUGAAGUACGAGGUCUCCCGGGACCCCGCGCGGGACCCGAGCCUGGAGGAGAUGACGGAGGCGGCGCUGCGCGUGCUGGGCCGCAACCCCCGGGGCUUCUACCUCUUCGUGGAGGGGGGCCGCAUCGACCACGGCCACCACGAGGGCGUCGCCUACAGGGCGCUGACCGAGGCCGUCAUGUUCGACUCCGCCAUCGAGAAGGCGGCGCUGCUCACCGACGCGCGCGACACGCUGACCCUCGUCACCGCCGACCACUCCCACGUCUUCUCCUUCGGGGGCUACACCCUGCGGGGCACCUCCAUCUUCGGGCUGGCCCCCCAGAGGGCCUCGGACGGCAAGUCCUACACGUCCAUCCUCUACGGCAACGGCCCCGGCUACCUGCAAGGCACCCGGCCCAACGUGACCGCGAGCGAGAGCGGCGCGCCCACCUACCUGCAGCAGGCGGCCGUGCCCCUGGCGUCGGAGACGCACGGCGGGGAGGACGUGGCCAUCUUCGCGCGCGGCCCGCAGGCGCACCUGGUGCACGGCGUCCAGGAGCAGAACUACAUCGCGCACGUCAUGGCCUUCGCCGGCUGCCUGGAGCCCUACGCCGACUGUGGCCUGCGCCCCCCCGCCGGGCAGGCCGAUCCUCCCACCCCUGGCCAGAACAGAGCCGCGGGGAGCAGCGUGGACGCCACUCCAACUCCGCUGCUGCUGCUGCUGCUGGCGGGGACACUGCUGCUGUCCCCCUGA